CAAAUGUAAGGCUCCAAUCCUCCUUUAAGCUUCACACCAAGACAGGAGGAAUAGCUGCUGAUUUAAAGCUGAAGAAAGUCAUCAUCAGGAAAAAUGAAGUUGAAACACACCUUGAAGAGGCUGGCCUCGAUAACCCGGGCCGUCCUCACCUUCCUGUUCGCUCUGCUGGUGCUGGGGGUCAUGGUGUGGGCUUAUGUGGCGGGCUUCCAGCUGGUCACCUCCCUGUACGGAAUCAUCUCGUUUGGCUUUUACGGACUCCUCCUCUCGCUCCACGUGCUGGUCCAGAGCCUCUUCGCUUUCAUCGAGCACCGGCGGAUGAAAGCUCGCACAGAACCCUGCAGCUGCACAAAGACCAUCGGCUUCACCAUAUCCGCUUACCAAGAGGACCCCGACUACCUCAGAGAGUGCCUCAACUCCAUCAAGGCCCUCAAGUAUCCAUCCGAGCUGCUGCGGAUCAUCAUGGUGGUCGACGGGAACACUGAGGAUGACCGAUACAUGAUGGAGAUGUUCAAGGAGGUGUUUGCGGACCAGGAUCCUGGUCUGUACGUAUGGAGGAACAACUACCACACGUGGGAUCCCACUCAGGUGCAGCCGUGUGAAGAAAUGACAGCAGGAGGACCGGCUGAUUAUAAGUUUGGGGAGGAUCCUCAGAGAAAAGAGGUGGAGCACCUGAUCCAGACCAGAAGGUGUGUGUGCAUCAUGCAGAAGUGGGGAGGCAAGCGGGAGGUGAUGUACACAGCCUUUAAAGCACUCGGAUCAUCAGUUGACUACAUCCAGGUGUGUGACUCGGACACAAAGCUGGACCCUUUAGCCACCAUAGAGCUGUGUAAAGUGUUGGAGAGUGACUCCAGGUACGGAGCUGUGGGAGGAGACGUGAUGAUCCUCAACCUCAAAGACUCCUACAUCAGCUUUAUGAGCAGUCUCAGGUACUGGAUGGCUUUCAACAUUGAGAGGGCGUGCCAGUCCUUUUUCAACUGCGUGUCCUGCAUCAGUGGUCCUCUGGGUCUCUACAGGAACGACAUCCUCCAGCAGUUUCUUGAGUCUUGGUACAAUCAGAAGUUUUUGGGAACUCACUGCACGUUUGGGGACGACCGACAUCUCACCAACCGCAUGCUGAGCAUGGGCUACGCCACAAAAUACACAGCACGCUCAAAAUGCUACACAGAGACUCCGGCUCAGUUUCUACGCUGGCUAAACCAACAGACUCGCUGGACCAAGUCCUACUUCCGCGAGUGGCUCUACAACGCCAUGUGGUGGCACAAGCAUCACCUCUGGAUGACGUACGAGUCCAUUGUCUCAGGCGUGUUCCCCUUCUUUGUCACGGCGACCAUCAUCCAGCUGUUUUGGACGGGCACGCUGUGGGACAUCCUCUGGAUCCUCUGCUGCAUCCAGCUCAUAGGUCUAGUGAAGGCAUUCUACGCGUGCCUCCUGCGCCGGAACUGGAUGAUGGUGUUCAUGUCGCUGUACUCGUCCCUUUACAUGACCAGCCUGCUGCCCGCAAAGUACUUUGCCAUCCUAACGAUGAACAAGAGCAGCUGGGGGACGUCAGGCAGGCGUAAGAUCGUGGGUAACUACAUCCCCCUCCUCCCCCUGUCGGUGUGGGCUGCCGUUUUGUUGUCUGGGUUCGGUUACACGAUCUACAGGGAGAGUCGGAAGGACUGGCUCAGUCCAGAAAAAGUUCUGGAAACCCAGUUUCUUGUGUUUGGUUGUGCAGCCUACUUGUGCUACUGGAUGCUGAUGAUGUUUCUCUACUGGGCUUGGUUCCGCAGGUUGUGUCGAAAACGCUCUCAAACCUACACACUGAGUGCGUAGCUGUGAGCAACGAGGUUAAUUUAUUUCAUUUCAUGUGGAGGUUUGAAAACAUAAUUUAUUUGAAUCUGAUGUUAUUUAUGUUUCUGU